AGUUCAUUUCCUAUUUGUUGUUGUAGAACGCACAUGUAAAAUUACUAAAAUUUUAUAAAAUGGGUAAAAGAAAGGUUCCGCAAGUGGCUUAGGCCGCCAACUUAUAAAGGACCGCUUCGGUGGCCCUAAACAACGUAAAUUUGUUGCUGAUAAUUCAAUGUUGCACACGACCGAAAUCCAAGACGGAUACGAUUGGGGCAGGUUGAAUCUACAAUCAGUGACGGAAGAAAGUUCUUUUCAAGAAUUCCUCUCAACUGCUGAACUUGCUGGCACAGAAUUCCAAGCAGAAAAGCUAAAUAUCAAGUUUGUCAACCCUAGAAGCAAUGUGGGUCUUUUAUCUAAAGAUGAAAUGCAGCAGAAGGAGGAGCAACAUCUUAAACAUAAGGAUAUUGUCAAGAUUCCUAGAAGACCUGCAUGGGACUCCACUACAACCACAGAACAACUGCAAACUAAUGAAAAAGAAGCAUUUCUUGAAUGGAGGAGAUCACUUGCCAAGCUUCAAGAGGACCAGAAGUUAUUACUCACUCCAUAUGAAAAGAACCUAGAGUUUUGGAGACAAUUGUGGAGAGUUGUUGAGAGAAGUGAUGUGGUUGUACAAAUUGUUGAUGCCAGAAAUCCACUACUUUUCAGAUGUGAAGAUCUGGAAAAAUAUGUCAAAGAAGUCGGCAAGGACAAAGAGAAUAUGAUUUUAUUGAACAAGGCUGAUUUUAUGACAGAUGAACAGAGACAAGUGUGGGCAGACUACUUUUCUGACCAGGGAGUGAGAGUGGCUUUCUUUUCAGCAAGAUUAGCAAGUGAAAAGAUUGAUGAAGAAGAGGAGGAAGAAGAAGAAGACAUAAAACAAGAUAAUACUUCAUCAGAAGAUGAAGAAGAUGCAGGCAAAGAUGAAGACCUUAAGACUGCAGUGCAUCAACUUGCUGAUAACAUAACAGAAACUCUUGAAAUGCUUAAAACUUCCAUUUUAAAAGAAGAUACAGAUACAGAUACAGAGGAUGAAGAAGAUGCAGAGAAAGAUGUCAAUGUUGAUGAACUUAAGACUGCAGUUCAACAACUUGAAGACAGAGUUGAAAAACUGCUGAUAAACUAACAGAAACCCUGGAACAAGUUCAAUCGGUCGUUU